AUGUGCCAGGUGCUCCUAGAGGAGAAUACCGAGCAGGUUAUCCUUAGGUGGAAGACUUCCCAGAAGUCCGUCUACCGGGUCAACAGUGACGAGGAGCUAGAGUGGGAGCUGGAGCGCACAGCCGUCAGCUGCAAGGCGCUGUUGGACUCAAAAAUUGAAGAGCUGUAUGGAGCAUCUGACGUUUCCGGCGGUGCUGCGGCGCAGCGGAGGAAAGAGCUGCGCGAAAGGGAGCAAAAGAGAGUUGACCGAGCGCGCAAGCGAAAGAUGUGGCGAGAGGCGGAGUUUGCAAGGGAGCUGGACAGACUCCAAAGUUCCGAGAAGCGCCUCCGUGAGGAAGAGCGGCUACGGGACGACGUAGAUAGGGAGAAGCAAGAGCAGGAGGCUCAAGAGAAGCAAAGAAAAGAGCUGAAGUUAGAGAAGCUGGAGGCCGAUGACGGCCUGGUGCGAACACUCAACGUGGCGCAGCUGGCAGACAACCGGGCGCUGAUGCAGAUGGUAGAGAAG